GUAUUCCUACUCAAGAAUUCGAUAGCCGGGAAUUUAGAAAGCUCUUUUAUUCGGCUAAAUCUCAUAAGGAACUCUUCCAUGCUAAAAGAUAUUUAUGUAGCUAUUUUGCGCGUGGAGAUAUAGGUGUUUAUAAAUGGAUGCCUAAAAAACAAUUCUUCAAAUAUUACAGUAAAAAGGACGCAUGUGAUUCUUUUAUUCAAUCCGAUUGCGUACAAUUCAAAAACGCCAAAGGAGAAGAAAUCGAAAGUUUUAGUAUUACGUCAUGGUUCUUUAGAGAUACACCAUUCUUCUCUCUUGAAGUUAACCCUGCCCAGCCUAAAAUUUACCGAGAGCCAAAUGGAGCAUAUUACAUUAAUUUAUUCCAAGGAUUUCUUCACCCCAACCCGCCUCCGUUUCAGGAAUUUAGCAAGGAAAUCCGCGAUCAGGUAAAGCUAGUUCUUAAUCAUAUGCGAGAAGUUCUCUGUUCUUCUGUUAAAAAACAAGAGCUAUAUAUGAUGGGAUUAAUUAUGCGAAUAGCCAUCGGCCAAAAGAUGCAGAAAACAAUGUUUCUCUUUUCAGGUCCGGGAACAGGUAAAACGAUGCUUACAUGGUUUCUUCGACACAUGGUUCUCGGUCCUAAUAUUACUGUGAAAACUGCCAAUGAGAGAGUUAUCACCGGUCAGUUUAACAAAGAGCUAGAAGGCAAGGUCUUACUUAUUCUUGAAGAAAUGUCUAAUUCCAAAUCCACAGACUGGAUAACAUUUGCUAACCGGCUUAAAGACUUUAUUGAUAGCGACACAUUAAUGAUAGAAGAAAAAUAUAGAACGCCAUAUCCAGUUACUAAUAUUACAAAUUUAAUCAUCAAUAGUAAUAAUAGUAAAACAAUCCGUUUAGAUAGAGCUGACCGAAGAUAUUUUAUUCCGGAUAUCUCUGAUAAGUAUGUCGAAAACGGAAUUGGAAUGGAUCAUUAUUACGCCCCAUUAGAUAAAGCUAUAAAAAAUCCAGAAGUCGGCAAAGCCUUUUACUCUUAUGCAUUGGAAUAUGUUAAACUUAAUCCCGAUUUCAACGAGCGAAAAAUUCCUAUGACCAAAACUAAGCUCAUGAUGGUAACUAGGGAUUAUAAUGUGGUUCACGAGUUUAUAAAGCAGAAAUAUGUAUGUAAAUCUUUUAGUCUUGAUGAAUCAUCUUCAUAUCUUUACAAUACAUUCAAAGAUUGGUUUAUAAUUCAAUCCCAUACUCAAGGAAAAAAACCUCCUACUAUGCAAGAAUUUAGUUACGCAUUAAAAGAAUUGGGAUUAAAGCCUAAACCGAAAAGAAUCGGGGACCGAAAAAAUAAUAAGAGAGCUCAAUGGUAUGAAGCAUCAUAUGAAAGUCUCUAUACAAUAUUCUGGAAGAAAAAUAUGAUUGAUGAGGAUGAGAACAUUGAUGAGCCAGAUAAUUAUCAAGAAGCAAAGCUUCAAGUUUCCAACUCAUCUGCUGACAAUCCAGAAAUUCUCCCGGCAGAGGAAGAAGCGGAGCCUCAUUCAUCCUUAGAGACGAAUAUUCCUAAAAAAGUUCCACCACCAAUUCCUCCAAAGCCAGCCAAUCUUCGGGUAAAAAAUAAAGAGAUUUCGGAGAAAAUAACAUCCCAAGAUGCGGAGCAUCAUGCCUCUGGUAUAAAUGGUAUAGAGCCAUGCGGAAUUCCUGGCCCUUCUAAUUCUAAGAUUAUAUAUAAAGAUGAUUAUUUUGAAGAUAUGUAUAAAAGAGCAAAAUCAAUUUGGGAAUCUUGCAGUAACGAUCCCGAAGAUUUUGAAUGGGAAUGCUUUAUUUGUGAAAUAGAAGACCUCUCAAAUCAUGAUUGUUAUGACUACAAAAAAGAUCCAUGGCAUUACAGACUUCGUAUGUUCAUACAAGCAUUCAGAGGUCAAUUAAAUGGUCUUAGUAAUCAAGAAAUUGCAUCCAAGAUAGCCGAGUACCUCAAUAAGAGAGGACAGAUAAUUGUUUCCCCUCCGGAAAAUUAUAAAACAGUCUCAGUUAAAAAUCUGCGGGAUGAGGCUCUCAUAAAUAUAAAAGAGUGUGAACUUGCAGAAGACGAAGAUUUCUCAGAACCGGAUGAGGAAUGGGAAAACGAAUUAAAAAAUUCUCUGUAA